GCCCCACCAAACGCAGAGUCCUCCUUUCUCCAUUCUUUGAUAGACUCCCAGAAACCCCAACAAGCCCCCAUCGCCCUCUGCGGUUCAGAGGAAUUAGAUUGAUAUUGCGCGGUUGAUUGACUCUGUGUCUUAUAUGGAAGACUUAGAAUCUUGCAAGGAUGAGUGUGGUGGGAUUUGAUUUUGGCAAUGAGAGUGGCAUUGUGGCCGUGGUAAGGCACAACGGUAUCGAUGUUGUGCUCAAUGAUGAGUCCAAACACGAAACUCCUGCCAUUGUUUGUUUCGGGGAUAAGCAGCGGUUCAUUGGGACUGCAGGCGCUGCUUCAUCUAUGAUGAACCCUAACAACACAAUUUCGCAGAUCAAACGCUUGGUUGGAAAGAAAUUCUCGGAUCCUGUGUUGCAGAGGGAUAUCAAGUCCCUGCCUUUUGCUGUUACUGAAGGGCCUGAUGGAUAUCCAUUGAUCCAUGCCCGUUAUUUGGGAGAAGCCAAGACAUUCACGCCCACCCAAGUUUUGGGAAUGGUGUUCUCUGAUCUGAAAAUCAUAGCCCAGAAGAAUCUUAAUGCAGCAGUUGUAGACUGCUGUAUAGGAAUUCCGGUUUAUUUCACUGAUCUCCAAAGAAGAGCUGUUGAGGAUGCAGCCAGAAUUGCUGGGUUGAACCCUCUUAGGUUGUUUCAUGAAACUACAGCAACUGCUCUAGCUUAUGGAAUCUACAAGACAGAUUUACCAGAGAACGACCAAUUGAAUGUUGCCUUUGUUGAUAUUGGGCAUGCUAGCAUGCAAGUUUGCAUUGCUGGCUUCAAGAAGGGGCAGCUGAAAGUUCUUGCUUAUUCAUUUGACCUGUCUUUGGGUGGUAGGGAUUUUGAUGAAGUACUGUUCCAGCACUUUGCAGCAAAAUUUAAGGAAGAGUACAAGAUAGAUGUUUACCAGAAUGCAAGGGCCUGCCUUCGGCUUCGAGCUGCUUGUGAGAAGCUGAAGAAGGUGCUCAGUGCAAAUCCUGAGGCACCUUUGAAUAUUGAGUGCUUAAUGGACGAGAAAGAUGUUAGAGGUUUUAUUAAGCGGGAUGAAUUUGAACAAAUUAGUGCUCCUAUUUUGGAACGCGUAAAGGUACCUUUGGAGGAGGCCCUUCUCGAUGCAAAUCUUUCAAUAGAGAACGUUCAUACUGUUGAGGUUGUUGGUUCAGGCUUUCGUGUACCUGCUAUAAUCAAGAUAUUGAUAGAGUUCUUCAAAAAGGAGCCUAGGAGAACUAUGAAUGCUAGUGAGUGUGUUGCCAGGGGUUGUGCUCUGCAGUGUGCAAUGCUUAGUCCUACAUUCAAAGUCCGAGAGUUUCAGGUGAAUGAGAGCUUCCCAUUCUCGAUUGUUUUAUCCUGGAAAGGUUCCGGCCCAGAUGCCCAGAAUGGAGGAGCGAAUCAAACUACUAUCGUCUUUCCCAAGGGAAAUCCCAUUCCAAGUUUGAAGGCUCUUACAUUUUACAGAUCUGGCACAUUUUCAGUUGAUGUGCUGUAUGCUGAUGUUGGUGAUUUGCAGGCACCUGUAAAGAUCAGUACAUAUACGAUUGGUCCUUUCCAAUCUAAUACAAGUGAGAGGGUGAAGGUGAAGGUCAAGGUUCGCUUGAAUGUACAUGGGAUCGUAUAUGUAGAGUCAGCAACUGUUUUGGAAGAGGAAGAAGUUGAGGUUCCUACAAGAAAGGUUAAGAAAACAAACAUUCCUGUGGUAGAGUUAGUUUAUGGAGGAAUGGCUCCAGCAGAUGUGCAGAAGGCAAUAGAAAGUGAGUACGAGAUGGCUUUACAAGAUCGUGUUAUGGAAAAAACAAAAGACAAGAAGACAUUCAUUUCUGGAAAUGUCCAGCGAACAAAUAGUGGAACGUAAAUAGGUCCACAAUGUCUCAAACUCAAGAAAGAUGUUCUGAAGAAGGAAACUGUUUAUUUUCCGUUUUCUUGUUUGAAAAGGUACUAAAUACCUUCAAUA